CGACCACUGUGCGAUUAUUGACAGUUGUUGUCACGUUCGGAGACGUUCGGCAGAUGCGUUUACAUCGACGGGUUCGUGGAUGCUCAAAAGUGCAAGUUGUUCACAAAGAAGAAGAAGUUGUUGUUUUCCCCCUUUCGGCGAGUCGCUAGAGUAUACAAGCCAAGAUGUCUAUCCUCGCGUACAACGGUGGCUGCGUGGUUGCGAUGAAGGGCAAGAACUGUGUGGCGAUUGCCACCGAUCACCGGUUCGGCGUGCAGGCACAAACCAUCGCCACAGACUUUGAGAAGGUGUUCGAAGUGAAUCCACACAUGUAUCUCGGGCUGGUCGGGCUGCAGACAGACAUCCUGACGGUGUACCAGCGGUUGCUGUUCCGCAAAAAUCUGUACGAAAUCCGCGAGAACCGCCAGAUGACACCGGAACGGUUUGCGGCAAUGCUGUCCAACUUCCUGUACGAGAAGCGGUUCGGACCGUACUUCAUCGAGCCGGUCAUUGCCGGGUUGGACCCGAAAACGUACGAACCGUUCAUCUGCAACAUGGACCUGAUCGGGUGCCCGAAUCUGCCGAACGAUUUCGUGGUGGCCGGCACGUGUGCGGAACAGCUGUACGGUAUGUGCGAAACGCUCUGGAAGCCGGACCUGGAACCGAACAGCCUGUUCGAGGUGAUAUCCCAAGCGCUGGUGAACGCGUUCGAUCGGGACGCCAUCUCCGGCUGGGGCGCAACGGUGUACAUCAUCGAGAAGGAGAAGAUCACGGUGAAGAAGCUAAAGACGCGUAUGGAUUAGAGUGGUGCCGGAUGUGUCCGUGAGGAGCUGAACAAUCGUACACUAUCGGGGGAGCUUUGUUUACUUGAAUUAAUACUUUCCGUUUCAUUUAAGCUCGAGCAGCGUUUUGUAAUGCUAUCAAUAAAACACAAAAACACACAUUUCAAAAGGGAA